UGGACAUCCGCCACAGAACGUUGCCCGAAAAACCCGGUAGGUACGCAACAAUUCGUGAACAACAAAAUCGGAUUCGCGUCUGACCCCCUCCCGAAACUCGACGUAUUUUUUUCACCGAGAAUCUAUCGUCCGUCAGGUACGUCGCAUCCCCCCCUCGCCGACAUUAAGACGACGUGUUUACCGCCGCCGCUGCGCAUACCGGCGGCUCUAAUCAGCCAGCGCCACUGCGGUUAUACCACUGAUUAGAACACGACUACAACAGUGUCCGAAGCGCUAUUGAUACAACCGCGCACUACGGCAUUACCACGGGACUCGGACGUACUGUGUCCAGUGUCCGCUAUCAGACACCAGUGUAUACUGACUACCACGACUGUCCACUACCCGCCGAGUGGACAGUUUGCACUCGGCGCAGUCGCGUCUCAAGUCCGUACCGCAGUGCGAUCGGAUCGGUGUUGACGCCUGGUCUGUACCACUUACCAGUGAAAACGCGCGUACAACUGUUUACGGGCUCGGGGCACAUGGUUUGAUAAGGUUGCCAGCUGCUGCCCGACAACAUCACCGUCGACCGACAACAACAACGAUAGACGACCACCUACGUAUAUUAUCUUACAAAUAUUUUCGUUCUGUCGGUUUUCACGGCGCUCUCUUGACUUGACCGCGGAGGAAUGCCUCCUAUAGUCCCGUAAACCAUUCAUUCGUAGACUGGCAGGUUCGGUCGUGGUAACCGGAGUGACGACUGUAAUAUUAUUAUUACUAUUGGUGGCUGCUUUAUUCCUGCUUGUACUGCCGUGCUCCGACGACGAUCUGGACAAAUGGCGAGAGCGGACGACCCGUACAAAGAAGGAUAUCUCUGCUUUCCGCCACACGGAGUACUAUCGCAGCUAAAGAAAUCCUGGCAGAAACGUUAUUGUAGAUUAUUCAAAUGGAGUAAACAUGGUAUAGAUCGUCUUGAAGUAUUUGAUGGCAUCGACGAUCAAAAGUCUUCAAAUAUUGCCUCAAUAAUACCCUUGGAAAGCUGUGUUAAAAUAACACAAGAUGCUCAAAAACAUCAACCUAAUGUGUUCGCGGUUUGGACGAAAACUGGUGUUCAUCAUUUUGCUGCAAACUCUGAACAAGAAAUGACUGACUGGAUAUGUGCCUUGCAAGCUGUGGCAUUUAGGGAUAAUGUGUCAAGACAAACAAUUGAAGAAGAUAAUGAUUUAUAUUGUUCGUCCGGAGAUGCUGGUGUUUUUAGUGUUAAAUUAAUUUCAUCAGAUGCCAGUGAACGUUGUGGUUUAAAAGAACAGCCUUAUACAUUAGUCAUUACUCCUGUUGCUCUACAAUUACGAGAAUCUGAUGAAAAUGAUACACUACUUCUAACGUGGCCAUAUAGAUUUAUUCGAAGAUAUGGGUAUAGAGCUGGUAGAUUUACAUUUGAAGCUGGUCGCAAAUGUGCCAGUGGUGAAGGUGUGUUUCAUUUGGAACAUUCAAAUCAACAGGAAAUAUUUCGAUGCAUCUCAUCAAAAAUGAAAAGUAUGAAAAAACUAUUGAAUGGCGGAGGUGAUGCGACAUCAAUCAUGUGUGGUGAUAAUCAGUUCCGAGCGGCUUUGUCUAUGAUGGCACGUUCUCGAAGCCCUUUACCACCAUCCCCCACUAGCACUACUCCAUUAAUUUUGGAUAAUGACUUUAAUAGCUUUUCUUGUUCAAUCAAGCCUCUUAUGCCUUUACCAACAUUAUUAGUACCUCCAACUACGUCUCCACCACCACCACCGCUAAAACCAAAACCAAAGGCAAUUUUUUCUAAGAAACUACCUACUCCUUUCAUGAACGACCCUUACAACGAAACUAAAGAAACAGAAUCACCAGAUGCAGCAUAUGAAGAUGUCCUAGUAAGAAAUGAUGCCUGGAGGACUAUGGGUCUAAAUGAUUCAAAUCAUUGCGAAAAACCUUAUGCUAGUAAUAAUGUAAUAUCUGAUGAUGGUGCUGAACAUUACGACCAUCUACAACAUUUUGGUUUCAUAUCUAAAACAGCACCUGGGUAUAGACAAAUUCACCCUAUUGCUUUAACCACAAAGCACAAAUCUAUCAUAAAAGCAGACACCAUAAUGAUGCCUGCUCGAAAAGCUGACGAUUCACAUUACGGGUAUGGUACUAUAAAUAAAAAAAAACUCAACCGAAGAAAAUCGCUCAAAUAACGAGUCAUUGGACUCAGUAGCACACAAUGAAUUGCAAUAUGCUAUGGUCUUCAAGCCUAAUAAGGUCUAGUCUUAUAUUUUAUUAUUAUUAAUUUUUUUUUUUUUUUUGAUGAAAAUCAACCUUUAAAUUUAUAUAUUUUAUAUCAUAUUUUCCUAUAUCUAAACAAAAUGUCGUAAAUUUAUUAAAUAGAUUCUGACCUAGGGGAAAUUUGUUUUGUUUCAUAUUUUAUCAUUGACUACAUCACAUUUAGACAUUUAGUGAAGAAUUGUUAGUAUCUUUAUUUUACAAUGUUUAAUUUUAGAGUUUCUUAUAUUUGUUUUAUUUAAUUUAUAACAAUUUUAAUAACAUCAUAAUAUCAUAUGUGCAAUAAUCACAGUGGAAAUGAUUUAUAAAUAUUUAUUUUAUUAAUUUGUCAUAAUUAUGUUCUAAUAUUCAAAAAAAUAUUUUUGUUAUUCUGUUCAAAUAAUAUUACAAAUAAAACUAUAUUAGGGUCAAGUGGGAUGAUUGGAAACAAUAUUAAUUUAUCAUCGAUGGGAUAUUAUAUCCAACCUAAUAAAAUAAUAAAAUUCUCAUUUGCCCCUUAGCCAUCAAGUAAUAUUGGGUAAAUGGAAAUAUGUGUACUUCAUACAUUCAAAUAAUAUAAAACAAUCCUAAUGACAAAUAUUUUCAAAUUCCCCAGAGGUCAUUCCUACAGGCUACAGAUAACAUCCUAACAAAUUUGUUUUCAUUUACCCCAAAAAAUAGGUUUUAUCAUAUUUUGAUGGGGCAAAUGUAAAUUUAUAUUUUUUUGAAAAAAAGUAUGAACAUUAAACUUUUAAUUGUGACAUUGUCAUUACCGAAAGUGUUCUAAUUAGAUCAUAAUGCAGAAAUCGCCAACAAUUGUCAUGACAACUAAUAAUAAUAUAAAAUAUGGGAAUUUAAAAAUAUUGUUACCAACAUUACCCUACUUGAUCCUAUGUAUAAAUAUUUUUAAAAUAAUAAUAUGAAACAAUAUCAUUGUAAAUUAUAUUAAAUUAUGUAAAAUUAAAUAGUUCAAAUUAUAUGUUGUACAAAUAUUUUUAUAUAAUAUCAAUCAAAUAAAAAUCUAUAAAAAGAAUGUUUA